AGCCGCCAGAGCGCAAUGGCGGCGCCCACAGGCAGGGUCACGCAGUUUGAACCGGAAGCAAUCGCUCUCUUCCGCUUAGCCGCCCCCGGAAGUUACCGGACUCUUCCGGAAGUGAGCCGCCUCUGUGGAUGGGGGCUCCUGCUCGUCGGACGCCACCGCGGAGCAGACGGAGCCGCCGCACCGGGGAAUGGUGAGGCCGCGGGGCCGCCGCGUCCGGACGUGCUGGACUCCGGACUGAUGGCGUCAGGCACGGCGAGCCGCUCUGAAGACGAGGAGUCGCUGGCGGGACAGAAAAGGAGCUCAUCGCAGGUCUCGGGCACCAUCCCCAAGCGGCGGAGCUCCUCCAGGUUCAUCAAGAGGAAGAAGUUUGAUGAUGAGCUGGUAGAAAGCAGCCUCGCCAAGUCGUCCAGCCGGGCCAAGGGGCCCAGUGGGGUGGAGCCAGGCCGCUGCUCGGGCAGCGAGCCCUCCUCCAGCGAGAAGAAGAAGGUCUCCAAAUCCGUCUCUGCACCCGUCACCCCGAGCCCGGUCCCGAACCCCAGCCUCCCCAAGCGGAUGAAGAAAAGCAAACAGCCCCUGCAGGUGACGAAGGACUUGGGCCGCUGGAAGCCUGCGGAUGACCUGCUGCUCAUCAAUGCCGUGCUGCAGACCAACGACCUGACCUCGGUCCACCUGGGCGUGAAGUUCAGCUGCCGCUUCACCCUGCGGGAGAUCCAGGAGAGGUGGUACGCGCUGCUCUACGACCCGGUCAUCUCCAAGCUGGCCUGUCAGGCCAUGCGACAGCUGCACCCCGAAGCCAUCACCGCCAUCCAGAGCAAGGUGCUGUUCAGCAAAACCGAGGAGCAGCUGCUGAGCAAGGUGGGAUCGACCAGCCAGCCCACGCUGGACACCUUCCAGGACCUGCUGCACAAGCACCCCGAGGCCUUCUACCCGUCGCGCACGGCCAAGGCCCUGCAGCUCUACUGGCAGCUGAUGAAGCAGUACUACCUCCUGGACGACCAGACAGUGCAGCCGCUGCCCAAGGGGGACCAGGUGCUGAACUUCUCGGACGCGGAGGACAUGAUAGACGACAGCAAGCUGAACCCGGAGCCCCUCGCGCCGAUUACCAUCCGGCCCGAGCUGCUGCAGCCGCUGCCUGGUGCUUCCUGUCCCCCGGAGCCCGGCUCCGGCGCUGGCUCGCUGGCUGGCUGCAGCGUGGCCCAGGGCCGAGCAGGCCCGGCUGCCCUUGGCGCCCUGCGGGGCAGACAUGAGGCAGAUGGCCGCAGAGGGCCCCCCCCCCCCUUCCAGAUCACACUGGGCAGAGCCACGAAGGACAAUCAGAUCGACGUGGACUUGGCGCUGGAGGGCCCCGCCUGGAAAAUCUCCCGCAAGCAAGGCGUCAUCAAGCUGAAGAACAACGGGGAUUUCUUCAUCGCCAACGAGGGCCGGCGCCCCAUCUACGUGGACGGGCGCCCGGUGCUGGGUGCCAGCAAGUGGAAGCUCAACAACAACUCGGUGGUGGAGAUCGCCAGCCUGCGCUUCGUCUUCCUCAUCAACCAGGACCUGAUCGCCCUCAUCAAAGCCGAAGCUGCCAAGAUCCCCCAGCAGUGAGGAGCUGGGCCGGGCCCCUGCUACUGUCCUGUGACUGAAGGAGGCUGGGGGGUGGGGCCGCCCGCUCCCCGCUGGCUGGGGCAGGGCCCGGGGCCGGCUGCACACUGUUCCCUUCCAAAUAAAUGUGUCCAACCUGC